GGGUAGCUUGACCGAUCCGUUAGAGGUUAAAGGCUGUUACACACCGUCGUGCGGCCACGGUGCGAUCGGCGCGCACCGCGUUCUCGUGCUAACGCGUAUGCUUCUUCGCGCCCGGUGGUACGCACGAUACCGCAUGCGGCGCAGCGAAUUCCGAGAGACCGUGGGCCUCGCAGACCGUGGCAGAACAAUCUCGGCGUAGGCUUCCGAUCGCGGUCGGAUCCAGGGUGCGACAGAUAUGGAUGACGGUGUGCAGAACGGCCUGCAGCCGGACCAGUGGUUGUCAACCGUCGACAAGGGCGAGAAGCGCGCGAGCUCCCUCGGCAGCGGUGCGUUCCGCUUCAUUCGCACGCGCAGCAGCAUUCGACGAGAACUCAAGCGACAAUGCCAUCGAAGCAAGACCGGCGAUUCGUACGGUGUUCAAGACAACCACGCUGGAAGCGGAGGAGGUGGUGGCAUAGGAAAGUGGUUGCGGGUACAUCUGGGUGGCGGUUCGAAGGGAAGUCACGACGUCAACUCCACGUUUUCCACGAAGGGAAAUGCAAAUACUGGCGAUAAUGGCCGGGACAAUAAAUCCUUGGCCAAGACGAUUUACACGUCGCAAAAUCUUUACUGCAGCCUGCCGAGGGAACACGGCCGUUACAUGCACAACGGCCCCCGAAAGAUCAUCAAUCACGGUAAUUCCGCGAAAUCUCAUGGUUACGAUCGGCCACGAUCGAAUAGCAUGAACCAUCAUGAGAAGUCCAUGUCGAGCGACCUUGGUACCUUGACGCGAGGUGGACCGAUCUACGGCAGCGAGGGUAGAAGCCUGAAGAAACGUAAUCGCGACCGUCGUCGGCAUUCGCUUCACGAGACGCAGGAUCAAGGCCGCAAUCGUCGAAGAAGUUUGAAGAAAAUCGAUUGUACUGUUUCGACCGAUGUAGACUCGAUUUGUAUCGAGCCUCUCAAGCUUGACGAGCUCGAUGGGUUGAACUCAGGCUCGUUUCUUCCUCACUCUGUCAACUUCACACAUCCCCACUCCAUCUAA